GAGCUGUAUUCUUGUGAGAAUGAGCGAUGAUGCGCCUUCACUGGAAGAAAUCACCCGACUGACCCACGACGAGCUUACUACCGCGCAGAAGACGGACCCAAUUCGCGAAUGUGGCCGCGCUGCGCUGGCACUUCUUCCUCAUGACCCUGAGCUAGCUCUGCAGCUUGCAUACCAGAAACUGCACGAUGUUCCCUACAAGGAUGUAAAGACUUGCUGGCGGCGACUCUAUACAGACGCUACUCUCUGGAAGGUUCUGACGCGGGUACAUGGCGGGAGAGCAGAACAAGCCGAAGAUGCGGCGAUGCAUGGUUGGAUUGAUGAGGUUGUGCGGCUCCUAGAUAUGGCUCUCAUACUCACGGGUGCGCCUGAGAGGGCAGAGCUCAUGGAACUAUGGUUCGCAGCACUGAAUGCUGUUGUGACUUUAGAACCCGAGUCCAACAUGGUAGGCUCAGAGCGGCCAUGCAAGCGACAAAAGCUUUCCUCGUCACGUUUUCCCGAGAGUUUCCCUGCAAACAUUCCCGAUCCGUCGCCUGUCCUUCGAUGCCCAGUGCCACGGACAAAAAACCCCAGUCUACAGGCUUUCCAGAAUAAAGUUGGGUCCGCGGAAACACACACACCGUGCAUAAUAGAGGACGCAAUACACCAUUGGCCGGCGCUCAAAGAGCGGCCCUGGAGCAGCCCGGAGUAUCUGCUGCGGCAGACGCUUGGAGGAAGAAGACUGGUUCCGGUGGAGAUUGGAAAGAGUUAUACCGACGAAGGCUGGGGCCAGCGCAUCAUUACUUUCCGCGAGUUUAUGGAAACGUACAUGCUAGACGACCAAAGUACGUUGUCGAUCGACGAGUCUCCAAACGAACAUGGCAAACCCACGCCCAACGCUGCAUCGCCACCGACACGCGAUCAGCCCGUAAAACCGGUCGGCUACCUCGCUCAACACGAUCUCUUUGCGCAAAUCCCCUCGCUACGCCUCGACAUCGCCAUUCCCGAUUACUGCUACACGGACCCUGCCCCGUCCCGCCACCUCACGCACAUCAAGCCCGUCGCAAAGCUGGAAGAACCGCUGCUAAACGCUUGGUUCGGCCCCGCAGACACCGUCUCCCCUCUGCACACAGACCCCUACCACAACAUCCUCGCCCAGGUCGUGGGCUACAAGUACGUGCGGCUCUACGCGCCCUCCGAGACACCCCGCCUGUACCCACGGCGCACGGAUGAAUCCGGCGUCGAUAUGAGUAAUACCAGCCAAAUCCAUCUCGACCACGCAAUGGCUUGCCAUCCGUCCAUUUCGUGCUUCCCCGCCGCGUCAUGCACUAGAAACAACAACGCUGCAUCUAGUGCUGCGACGCAGAAACAGGAAUUCCAAAACAGGUACCCGCAUUUUGAACACGCGCUGUAUGUUGAGGCGAUUUUGGGCCCUGGUGAUUGCUUGUAUCUUCCCGUGGGCUGGUGGCAUUAUGUUCGGAGUCUUACGCCGAGUUUUAGCGUGAGUUUUUGGUUCAAUUGA